UCAUUGUUCAGCUCCACUGAGGAGGGGCGGGGUUUACGGGCGCCAUGACGCACACGAGGACUCCGCCUAACAGAGAGAGAGAGAAGCAGAGACAUGUGAUGGUAGAGAGGAGUGUGUUGCUGAAGGGACUGCAGCAUCCAUUCCUGGUGGGGCUCCACUUCUCCUUCCAGACCUCUCACACUCUCUUCUUUGAACUGGACUACAUCAAUGGAGGGAAGUUGUUCUACCAUCUCAUCUCCAGAGGGAGGGAGCCCAGAGCCACAUUCUACUCUGCAGAGAUGGCCUCAGCCCUGGGCUACCUCCACUCCCUCAACAUAGUCUACAGAGACCUGAAGCCAGAGAACAUCCUAUUGGACAGUGGACGUCAUGUGGUUGUGAUGGAUUUCGUGCUGUGUAAAGAGGGCAUGUCUGUGGGUGGGACUAUGGAAACCUUCUGUGGAACCCCUGAGUAUCUGGCGCCAGAGGUGCUGUUAGGCCACACCUGGUGGGGGCUGGGGAGUGCACUUUAUGAGAUGCUUCAUGGACUGCCCCCGUUCUACAGUCGCAGUAAGGCCGAGAUGUUUGAGAACAUCCUUCACGUCCCCUUCCAGCUCCAUAGAAGUGUGUCCCAGUCUGCCCGGACUCUGCUACAGAACCUGCUGGAGAGAGACUGUACCAAACGCCUUGGGGGGGAAUAUGACCUUCUGCAGGGCUACACCUUCCUGUCCAUCAACUGGGAUGACCUGCUAGCCAGGAAAGUCCCUCCCCCAUUCAUUCCCAACCUGGUGUGUGUGUGUGUGUGUGUGUGUGUUUUUAUAUGGGCUAUGGGUCAGUUUGGAUCUGUGACUACCUGAAUGUGUGUCUGGUCACGCGUUCCCUCCCUCUCUCUUUCAGUCUGGUCUGUGUGAUGUGAGGUAUUUUGACCCAGAGUUCACUCUUCUUCCAGCCCCCGCCUCCCUUGGUUUGAGUGACAUGUUGGGAGACGUGGCCAAUGGAGCCUUCCCAGGGUUCUCCUAUAUGUUUCCGGCUGAGGUUGGAGUCACAGAGCCCUGAUAUCAUUCUAAUAUUUGUGUUUUGAAUAAAUUAAAAUGCAUUUAUCAGAUUGUUUAUA